CACAAAUGUCCCUAGCCACCUCAAAAUCCAAAUCACAAUCUACAUAUUACGGACUUAUUCCUGUUCAGUAUGCUGCCCAUGGUGGAAUUCGAACUUUAACAUCAUAUCAGAGCCUUGUACCCUGCAGAACUGAACCAACCUUUUUGACCAAAACACAGCCAGGAGAUGCUGUAGAUGUCUCAAAACGUGAGUCAACAAAACAUCUUAACGGACAUCAGGAUCUGCCUUCCGCACAAAAGAAUUCAGAACUUCAAAGAGAACCGUCCAUCCAAAACAACAAAGACGUAUUUGAGAAACGUUGUGAAGUCAAAACUCUUCAAUCUGCAACAUCUAGUUUGGAUAUAACAAAACCAGAGCUUCCCCUUGGCUUGGUACAUAAAAAUAUGUAUCAAUCCACAAGUGAUGUAUCUACACGUAAAGCCUCAUACUCUGAGGCUUCAAUAUCCAUUCCAAAAGCAGGCCUCAGUCUCAGUCUCAACUCCAUCCCCAAACAGAGGAACGUCACCGCUAUCUCAGCCAAACACUGGACUCAAACACAAGGACGUUUUGAACAUCAGGGGUACACCAGGAAAGGCGAAAGCCCCAGCAGUCGAACCCUUCACGAAGUCAGUGACAUCAACUGUAUCUUCAAUUUCUGACAAAAAGACAGCCGGGACAGGAACAUCACCCUCACCUUCAGAUCCCAAGGCAGUGGAGAAGUCAAAAGGCCUUAAGGGUAAGCUCAGUGGAUGGACACGGCUUAAGAAACAUUUGGUGGUUGAACCAGAGGAACCUUCCUUUCCCGAGCCACUGGCUAAAUCACAGGAUGAAAGUGCCGACCAAAUCACACAUCAUGAUUCUUCUAAGGAUGAAUUGCCAGAAGAUCAAUGUGAUAAUCAAGAUCUGGUGAAGAACAAAGAGAGUCCCAGAGCCCUAAAGAUGUGGGAUGCCCUCCUUUUCCAAAUGUUCUCCACAAAAGAAAGAAUCCUGCACCAGAUCAACAUCACAAAAAAAGAUUCAAAAGAUCCAGAUAAGAAGAAAGCCUUGAAAGACUCCCAAUUAGACGUUCCUUCCUUUGUCAGUCGCCUUCCAGUUUUGCUCUACAGCCCUCGAUUUGAUGCCAGGAAACUAAAAGAGGCAGCAGAGAAGCCACUAGCAAAAAUAGCAGCAGUUUUUGAAAGGGGACUGUUAAAACGAAAAACUCAGGAGGAUGAUCACAAGGACUUCAAUAGAACAGCCAGAGGAUUUGGCUCGACUAAAAUAAAAGAACUGUAACUUCGACACAUGAGAUUUGGGUUGAUCAAUUAUAUUAUUUGGAGCCUCUGUAAUAAACGUAUCUUUUGAAUAAUUUGGGAUGAAAUAUACAAAUGUGAUGUUUGGCAUGUACAGUGAAACCCCGGUUAGCGUCUGCCCCGAUUAGUGUGUUUUUCAGCUAACGCUGAGAAUCAACGGCACAAUUUUGCCUCGGUUUGCGUACAUUCUCCAGUCACCACAUGUUAUUAAUACACUGUCUGAGUCCAGCUGUGUUCUUAAUGUAUUUUUUUUUAUCACAAAACAUCCUUUGUUGUUAGCAUCCUAUUAGCUAGUGAAACAAAAUGGCAACUGGAACCAGAGGUUCCAUCGCCCGUCUAAGAUGUUAACACUUUUUCAUAGCUUUACAUGCAUAAAACGCGAUGUGGCAGCGAAAUCAACCACUACCACCUUCCUGUUUUCACUCACGCUCACGUCAAGAAUCACGUCUUCAUUGACGGUAACUUUAAAUGCUCAUUUAUCCCUUUCCUUCAUACUUUGUAUAUAUUUCAAAUUGUUUUAUGCAUGUAAAUCUAUAAUUGGAAAACUAUAAAAACAUGUUUUGUGUCGGAUUAAUUCGAUUUACAUUAUUUUUACUAAAUUUAAUUCGGUUAACGUCCGUUUUGGUCAGUCCUUCUUGAACGAACUAAUGACGCUAACUAGGGAUCCACUGUACUGUAUGUAUGAUGAUGAAAGCAUACGCUACACACAUUUGUUAAUUUCUGCAAAACAGCAGCCAUAUAUGCCAUAAUUAUUUCCUCCCUACUGAGUUUUCUAAGUUUAACCUCUUACAAAAACAUGAACAGAUUUUGAUGUGAGGUUUGUUUUAACAAGUCAGAAAAUUCCAGGAAAAAAAAAAAACAUUAAGUGAAGGUUCUAAAUGAAUUUGUAUUGUGUUGCCAUCAGUAAAACAUAGCAGAUGAUCAAAUCAUUUCCCCACCUACUGUAGGUUACAAGAAUGUUUUAGUUGUAACAGUUUGGUUUUUUUCAGCACUGAUGAACCUUGCCUUGGUAGACAGUUGCCCUUUUUGUCUAAAAACGUCCACUAAAUAAGUUGCACCAGAUGCAAUUGCAAUGAAUAUACAGGACAUCAUAUGCAAGGUCUGUAUUGACAUCAUUGAACUUUUCAUAAAUGUCAUCCAAAAAGAGUUAGAUAUUUGUUUUUGUUUU